AUGGCAGGCACAAUCCAGACCCCGCAGCCUAAUGGCGAUGCACCUUCACGUCGCGGAAUUUACUUCCUCACGCAUCCUCGCUCAGCAUCCAACCUCUUCCAAACCAUGAUGUCUAAGCAACCCGGGUAUCAAAACUCGGGCUAUAAGCUCUUUGACGCUGGUUUUGCUACCUUGGCGCAACUUGAACAGGGGAAAGUAAGUGAGAUGUUAGAGGAAGAGCGGGAGAAGCUGUAUGAGAUGUUCCGUACGGCAUUUGGCAAGUUAGAGGAUGAGUUGGAUGAUUGUGCGAAAAACGGCAAGCAAGCCUUCAUAAAAGAACACACCCUCUUCCUCUCCGCGCCCGACAAAAUCUCCUCAUCAGCCUACCCUGGAGACAACCCCCCUCUCCUUACCGUCUAUCGACGCAACGAACCUCACGAUGCAAAUACUAUUUACACAAACCCUACUUCGGUCCCUGAUAGCUUCCUCCUCUCUCUACAACCUAUCUUUAUUAUCCGGCACCCUAUACUGAUGUUCCCCUCGAUGCUACGCACGCAAAAAGGCUGGAGGCCUGAUCCCCAUCCUAGCUCGCCCUACUGCCGCAUCUUUUUGAACCUCCGGCACUCCCGCGCGCUGUACGAUUGGUACUUAGAACACGGUGCGAGUGCUGAUAUCAUGCCGCGCGUUAUUGACGCUGACGACAUUAUGUUAAACCCUGCUGCUGAGCGCCAAUUGUGUGAGCAGACAGGUUUGCAUGCAGAUAACGUGCAGUAUGAAUGGGACGAGAGAAAAAUAGAGACCCCGCGGCAAGCGAGGUUUUUAGGCACGAUUAGUGCGUCAAGGGGCAUUAAACCUGGUCUCGAGGCUAAGGGGAAGAGUCUAGAGGAAGAAAGGGAGAAGUGGGUACAGGAGUUUGGGGAAGAGGAUGCGGAGGACUUAGCACGGUUUGUAAACGAUGCGAUGGAGGACUAUAAGUACCUGCAUAGUAAAAGGACUACUGGUGAUCUGGUGGAGGCGUAA